CCCUCUGCCACCCAGAGGGGAACUCUAAGGGCAGGGAGCAACCAGGCCAGACCCUUUGUUUCUCCUCCCAACUGUCCCAGCCCUAGGACAGAGCCAGACGUGUGGGGACUCAGCGAGCACAGGAGUGAACAUGUGCACAGCCAUGGUUGCCUGGAAGCCUCCACUGGCUCAAAUUGAGUUUGGAGAUUUAAGGAAAGAAAGUCAGUGAUGAAGCCCAAAUAUCCCCAUGGAGAAAACUACGGCUCCAGCCUGGCGGAGGACAUCCAAGCAGACACAAGCCGCUACCUGGAGAGGACCCUGGUGUGCCUUGUGCAGGCUCCUGGGCAUCGCCACAGCCCACCCCAGGGAGCAGCCCUUGAACAGAGCUGCUGGAGUCAGGGCAGGGGCAUGGGACAGCCCCAGUGGCCUGGGCUCAUUGGGAGUGUCUCAGUGUGUUUGAAGGGUCCAACAGCGGAGGCCCUGCACCUGUCCCGACUCAGCCACACACAGGGCAGCAGGGAUGACGUGAGUGGCUUUGUGGACCCAGGACUGGCUCUCCAAGAUGACAGGUGAGACUGUG